AUGGAACUAAACACCCUAACAGAUGCAGGUUGUUCUAAACAUAUUAUAACUCUUUCGAAAGUAUACCAGGACAAAGCUACCACCAGCUGCACCAUUGAAGAUAUCAAUAAUCAGUCAUCCAUAUCAGUUGCCUGUGGUUCAAGAUCUACUUUUGCAGUAACCACUCAACAGAAUGUUAAGCACAACAAGAAAAGAUCAUCAACAUUAACAAGGCAUUCAGAAUAUGCUGCUAUAAUGCUAGUCCAUGGUUUUUGCAAGAGAAUAUCUUCAAAAGGUUGA